AUGAGGGACAGUGGCCCUGAGCAAUGCAGGCAUGGCAGAUAUGGCCAGGGAUACUUUGUCGAUGUGGAUGCCCUCCGCGAGCAAGAGUACCCUCUCCUAAGUCAGACAACGUAUCUUGAUCACGCCGGUACAACUCUCUAUGCCAAGUCAUUAAUCACGGCGUUCUCGCGUGAUAUGCAAUCCAAUCUAUUUGGAAAUCCACAUUCAAUGUCCGUGUCAUCGCGAUUGUCUACACAGCGCACAGAGGAUGUACGAUCACGGGUUCUCAAUUUCUUCAAUGCCAGCCCCGACGAGUUUGAUGUGGUGUUCGUGGCAAAUGCGACUGCGGCUAUUAAGCUGGUUGCAGACUCAUUUCGGGAUUUUGAUUCACGAGGUUUCUGGUACGGUUACCAUGUUGAUUCUCAUACCAGUGUUAUCGGUGUACGGGAGGUCGCCAAGAUGGGUUAUGAAUGUUUCCAUGAUGCCGAUGUGAAUGCUUGGAUCUCCGAACUACGUAAAGCUCAGUCAAGAGCGCCCAAGCUGUUUGCUUUUCCGGCCCAGUCUAACAUGAACGGCCGACGUCUCCCUGUCCGAUGGUGCGAGCAGAUCCGUUCCGCUGCCGAUGGAGGAGCGAAUGUGUUCACCCUGCUUGACGCCGCCUCGUUUGUGUCAACAGCUGCUCUCGACCUGGGGGAUGCAAAUGCUGCGCCAGAUUUUACGGCGCUCAGCUUUUACAAGAUUUUUGGAUUUCCUGAUCUAGGAGCGUUGAUUGUCCGAAAAAGCGCUGCCCGCAUUCUAGAACGGCGUAAGUUCUUCGGUGGGGGGACAGUGGAUAUGGUGAUAGCGUCCGGAGCGCAAUGGCAUGCGAAAAAAGAAACGACGAUCCAUGAGCAACUUGAAGACGGUACCCUUCCUUUUCACAGCAUUAUCGCGCUGGAUGCCGCCAUUGACACGCACGAACGUCUAUACGGGUCAAUGGCAAAUAUUUCUGCCCACACUGGGUUCCUCGCCAAGCGAGUCUAUGAUCGACUUUCUGCAUUGACCCACUUUAACGACAAGAAGGUCUGUCGGAUCUACCAAUCAGAUUAUGGAAAUCAAGCGCUUCAGGGCCCGAUCAUCGCGUUCAAUCUCAGAAACAGUCGAGGCGAGUGGGUUCCUAAAACUGCGGUCGAGAAACUAGCAACAUUGCGGAAUAUCCAACUGCGUUCUGGAUCAGUUUGCAAUCCUGGAGGAACGGCCCGGUCUCUUGGAUGGGUGGGUACAGAGCUGCGCCAUCAUUAUGCUGCCGGUUUACGAUGCGGUGACGACCACGAUGUAUUAGGCGGUCGACCGACCGGUAUUCUGCGUGUCAGUUUGGGUGCGAUGACCAGCCAAAAGGAUAUUGACGCACUGACUGAUUUCAUCGAGGAGUUUUAUGUGGAGAAAGCUCCUCGUAUACUUUCACUGAACCCGUCCAUGGACGAGAAUAACGUGAUUACUCCUCACUUUUAUGUUGAAAGUCUGACGAUCUUUCCCAUCAGAGGUUGUGGCGCAUUCAAUAUUCCCAAAGGCAGGCGUUGGGUGGUCAAAAGAGAAGGACUUGUAUGGGACCAAGAAUGGCACCUCGUUCAUCAUGAAACUGGUGUUCCGCUGAAGCGAAACGAACACCCGCGGAUGGCUCUGGUACGCCCCUUUCUCGAUAUUGAUCGCGGCAUACUGCGCGUCACCUGCGAUGCCCCAAAUGAUCAAUUAAGCCUCGAAGUUCCUUUGACUUGGAAGGAUACCUGUAUGACUCUGAUGACUACUCCGGUACGUUUGAGUUGUCAAAAAGGGUCGGUCAAUGCCUACAGAGAUAGGUUGUGUCUUCGUGCCUACGCCUCACCUGUGGUCUCGGCGUUCUUUACCGAAAUUUUAGGGGUACCUUGUACACUCGCACGUUUCUUCUCCCAGGAUCCAAGUCUGGACAUGCAGCUACCACAACUUGCCAGCACCUGGAAAGAUCGACUAUGGAGAUAUACUGGAUGGGAGGUUUUGCCAAGUAAUCGAUCUGCGCGCAAGACUGGCCAAAAGUAUCUGCUCCUAUCUAGCGAGACAUCCACCUUGAUUGUCUCUAGAUCGUCUGUCAAUCGUCUGAAUGAAACCAUCAAGGCCAACACCGAGCAUACCUCUGACAUCAGCAAAGUCAUUGCGGCAAAUUUAUUCCAUGGCAAUAUUGUAGUAGCCGAGCAAACCUCUGAGCGGGAGAGGGCAGAACAACCUUUUAUUGAGGAUCACUGGUCGUCUGUUCGCAUUGGACAAGACCAGCUUCGCUUUGAUGUUUUCGACCCGUGCCUGCGUUGUCAGAUGCUAUUCGUCGGCCAGUCUAUGGGCCCGCGACGUAAUGAAAUUCUUGCUGCGCUCCCCAAGAUGCGAAAGGCCGAUGGCAAAACUAUGUUCGGUAGAUAUGCGGCGAUUUCUACAAAUGCAGCCUACACUGGUUCGGAGGAGUCGAGCAGCAAGACAAUCAUGGUUGGCGAUGUUGUGUUGCCCUCAUAUCAGAAUCACUGA